AUGAAGACGCGGGCGUGUCUAGCUUACCUCCUGGUGGGCGUGUGUGGGCUGGCCGCCGCCCUGCCCCUCCUAGGCGAGGGCGGGCAGAUGGGGCCGGGCGAGGGACCACGUGACAACAACCCCGUGUUCAACGUGUGGGAAUACGCCUACGUGCACGAUGGCUCUGUGAACACCCGGUCGGCGCAGGCGGAUGAGUCGAACAACGGCAACGGCAACAACAACAACAACAACAGCCCUUGCUUGUGGGCCAUCGUGUCGUGCUGCGGCGCUCGCUCGGGCCACGGGCGGGACGAGUGCUUCGAGACCCUAGGAUGCCCAGGGGCGUGGUUCGACAACCUCUGCUCGCAGGACUUCCAGAGCGCAGCCCACUCCGAGGUGUCCAACAUCCUCCAGUUCGGUUAGGCGGCUUUGGGCGAGAGAAGAGGCGGGAGAGCCAGCGAAGGAGGAAGGACGAGCAAGAAUCGUUGGAGGGAGGGUGUUGACCAGAUGAAAAGGAGAAGAAUAAAGGUGGAACUGAAGAAACAACGAAAAUGCUGCAAGUACAAACCAGAGGGGAGAGAAUGCAGUGGAAUUUCGAGAGAGAGGACAGUAAUGUAUGAUAAAAGAAUAAUGUCUGAUGUAGCGAUCUUUAAAAUGCGAUGGCUUUUAUGUUAAUGAAAACGAAGUAUAUCAGAAGAAAAUAUGAAACGGUAUAAUGACCUGAGCGAAUAGUAAAAUCAAAAUUUCUUUUUUUAUAUUAACUAAAUGGCACGAAAAAAUUAUGAAUUAAGGAAUUAUUUUUUUCCUUGCAUUUAUUGAUUUCAGGUGUGUAAAAAAAAGGUAAUAUAGGCUUGCAAGUGAAAAUCAAAUAUAUGUUAUAGAAUAGUACAUAGCCCAACAGACUAUUUAUACCGUAGCUUUAUAAUUUUAGUGGUACUAAUAUUUAUUCCAUUUCAGUUUAUUCACAGUCCAUGUAUAAUUCAUGUGAAUCACAUCUAAGUUUUUUUUAUUGAAAAGAUGUAUCUUGAAAAAAAUGAAUUGCCCUGAAUUAACUACCCUGUAAUACUAUUGUUUGCAGUUAACUUUAUGUUAGUCCUCUUAACAAAAGGGUUAUAUAUUGCAGAUGUCUAAGGGAAGCCUUUGUAUAAUAAAAAAAUCAAAUAUU